GGGUUUAUUGCAGAAUGUCCUCGUCCAAUUCCUUUUAUUGUCAGUCAACAAAAUCUGAGCGCAUCAUCCUCGCGUGAUCAAUUUACAGCGCAAGAUGGUUUGAUAACCGACGAUACGUUAACCGCCUGGUGCGCCUCUGUGAAAAACGACAAACAGUGGUUGCAAGUGGAUCUCCAAGAGGAGAAAGAUGUUAUGGCUCUCGCCCUGCAAGGGUACAACCAUUCCUGGGUGACAACAUUUUAUGUUCAGUAUAGCAGCGAUGGUGAAACGUGGUACUGUUAUGGUUCAGAAACUGGCCCCAAGGUAAAAGUUUUAUUCUAGUUCCUCCGUAAUAUUAAGGUUUUGACAAACGAUUAAAGGCAAGAGUCUGACUUUUUGGUCGUUGGGAAUUUUUUUCUGACAUAGAACAAAAAUAGCCUGCGAGCAAGCUCUCCGGGGCGCUCUGGCGGCGGGACGGGAAAAGGAAGGAGAGCUUGCAACUGUGUCUCUGGAAUUUGAAUUCCACCUUCAAUUCCCCUGUGGCUCCCUGUUGACUCGCCAAUCAGCGCGAAGCGGAAACGAGCGAGAAUGUAAGCAAACAUUGAAAAACACGUGCCAAGGGUAUUGACGUCAUUACUUAUGUCAUCUGCGCCAAUCAGCAUUUCGCAUCGACUUAGUGGAGACGUAGUUGAAAGCUCUCUUUUCUUUUCUUUUCUUUCCCCGCUGGCCACCAGAGCGCCCCGGAGUCCGGAGAGCCCACUCGCAGGCUCGACAAAAUUUGUCGAGUUUUCUUUUAUUUUCAUUUUGAAGGAGGCGUGGAUAGGGGUAAUACGAAGAACUUCAACUGAGGAGAUAUGUGUGGCUCAAAAAAAAAAACAUUGGAAUCCCAUCUUGUCCAUUUGGCAAGCAGCUCUCACAUUUUUUCGUGCCUGGGCCACUUCUUGCUUGUUUUAGUUAAAUAUUUAGAAGGUAACCAGCUUGGACCCUUGUCUUGUGGAUAAGUGAGCCUCAAAAGCCUUAAAAGCUGGAAAAUCUACUUUUCCCGGCGGACUGUACUUUUUUCGAGCCCUGACAUUUGGCGUAUGUCAGAUACUACUCAUACUGACCGACAGCUUUUCAAACAAGAUGUUUCGUAUUAUAUUGUUGCCGUUGAAUUACAGAACAUUAUGUGGUGUAUCAAACUCGAGGUAAACAGUUUUUUUAUCAUUCACAUGUAUCAGGCGCCAAGAAGCGAAUUAAGAGGAGAUGUUAGGAUUAAGUUGUGAACCCAACUUCUUCCCAACCCCCCUCCACCCCUAAAGAAAACAAAAAAGAAAGGAGAAAAAUACAUAAAAUAAUAAUAAUAAUAAUAAUAAUAAUAAUAAUAAUAAAUAUUAAUAAUGGUAAUAAUAAUAAUAAUAAUUAUAUUAUCGAAUCUAAGACAGUAAGUUACAUUUGCUGGUAUAUCUUGCUGAUACACACGCGCUAAAAUUGAUUGUGACGUUCCUGUUUGCUGUUAUAGUUAUUUGAUGGAAACGAGAACGAUGAAACAAUAAAAGUGUACGUUCUUCACCUGGACUCAAUCUAUGCUCGAUUUCUGCGUAUCAACCCGCAAAGCUGGGAACAUGACGUAUGUCUACGUACCGAGAUAUAUGGUUGCCCUUAUGACGUGAACAAAAGUAAGUUAGUUAUUCCUCCUUGUGAUUGUAAGGGGCUGUUCACACUUGAUACCUGAGGGGGGAACAGAAUGUGUGUCCACACAGGGACCUGGUGCCCACUUAAGUGCCCGAGUAAAGCUUCUUGCCCCAAUAGGCCUUUUUCAUUAGUUGAUCACGUGAUCAAAAAACUUUGCUAGCACGAGCUGAAUAAAAGGCAUAUUGAAAUUAGGUAACCUGUCAAUUUUCAGCCGUAUAUCUCAAAAGUAGCGAUUGCAACGGCCGCCGAAAAUUAGAAGGAUUUGUAUGAGAGAAACAACUUUUUACCCCCAGUCAUUUGGUUUUCCAAAUCCUUGUAAAUUUCGAAAUUUUCAAACCGUCGUAAAAUAUUUCCUUAAGCAUUAAAGUAAGGGCCUCAAAUCUCCUUUUAAUUCAUAACAGGCAAUCUGAGCCUUAAAUGCGUAAGAGAAAGAUUUAACGACAAUUAAAAAAAUUCAGAAUUUACCAGGACUUGUAUGGAAAACCACUCAAGCGUGACUGGGUGGCAAGAGUUGUUUUUCUCAUACAAAUCCUUCUAAUUUUCGGCGGCCGUUGCAAUCGCUACUUUUGAGAUAUACGGCUGAAAAAUUGUCAGGUUACCCAAUUUUAUUAUGCUCUGUCAGCUCGUGCUAACAGAAGUUUUCAAAAGCGCACUGUUUUCGUGUUAACCGAAAGUUGAUCACGUGAUCAACUAAUGCAAAAGGCCUCUUCUGGCAUGAAUAAGGGUGUGUUCACAUUAGUGCCCUUUGAGUACCGUACUCUGUUACUGUACCCUGGCACGAAGUGUGAGCGCUACCUAUUAUGACAUAGGAGAAUAGUUCCAGUUUGUUGUUUAAAUCAAUCUUAGCCUGCGUAGCAAGCGUUUCCAAUCGAGUUAUUGCGCAAAAGUUAGAGCGCAAGCAAAAAAAAGGUUGAAGGGGGAGGGGAAGGGGAGAAGAGGAAACGCUUGCCCGCAAACCCCAAGAUUCUGGAAAACGCCCCUUGAUAUUUCACGGUUCGGUUCAAUUGUAAAUUGACAGCUCGUCAAAAUAGAAGUAUUACGAACAGAUUACCCCUGGAUUACCAGAUUUGUAAACUUACUUUGUUCUCUAAUAGAACACGUUGCAGGCGAUUGCAAGAACUGUAAUAAAACUAAGAUGUACGAUAAAAGAAAGUUAAAACUAUGAGCGAUUGCUGCGGAAUUUCUUGUUUUUUAUUGUGUGGCUUUAUCUCGUCUGAAACCUUGUCGACACGUCAAAAAUGAUUUGUCCGGAGCAGUUCACUCCGCCGGGUAUACGUUUUGCAGAGCGGCUACACGUUGCAGGUGAUUGCAAGAACUGUAAUAAAACUAAGAUGUACGAUAAAAGAAAGUUAAAACUAUGAGCGAUUGCUGCGGAAUUUCUUGUUUUUUAUUGUGUGGCUUUAUCUCGUCUGAAACCUUGUCGACACGUCAAAAAUGAUUUGUCCGGAGCAGUUCACUCCGCCGGGUAUACGUUUUGCAGAGCGGCUGCUCUUCAGCCUGUGUCGAAACGUUCUCUACCAUAGAUGCCGCUAAAUUUCCGAUAAACAAAAAGAAUAUUUUCAUUUCAAAAAGCUGACAAAUCGCUUGUCCAUGGCGGCUUUAGCUAGUGUCGAGUACUGAUGUUCUGAUUUAUGUUGAUGUUAUCUCCAACAAACAGUCCAUUUUUUCCAGUCAUUUUCAAUAAAUUGACCUUCUCCACUGCUCGAUCUCCAAUUAUACUUUGAAGACUCUGAUAAACCUUCGCACAAACACGAUUCAAAUAAAUGUCAGUCCAAAGCAUUUGUAAUCUGCGACCACAAAUCACAUGAGACCAGAUCUGUGACGCACGAAAACAAAGCAUACCUGGUUUGAUUGAUGUUUCGAAUGCUAAGUAAUCAACACUACCCGCACCGCGCCAAUCAGAAGCUGCGUUCGUGGGCGAACGCAAUUUUUCAAAAUCGUGGGGUUUGCGGGCAAGCGGUUCCUUCUUUUCCCCCCCCCCCUGUCAUUUUUUUUUUGCUCUUGUCCCAGGUUUCUAGACGAACCUCGCGAGGAAACACUUGCUACGCAGGCUAAAUCAAUCUGUAAGAGAAAAUCGGCAGUUUAAAAUGCAUUUAUGGACUGUACCUCCUCUCACUAUGGCGGCGUAUUCUGUUGCCUACGGUCGAAGGCAAGACUGUUUGUUUGUAUAGGCCCGAUUACCAAGCGCUAUUCGGCAAAUGUUUGUACGCCAAGAGUAGUUAAAAAUGUAGUGUGCAUUGAAACGAAAAUUUAAAUAGUCUCUAUACUAAAGUGUUUUGAUCAUUUUUUUGUUAUCGCUUUAAAAUAAUAACUUAAGUCCAUCCGAUGUUCUAAUCAACAAGGUGGUAGUAGUACUUGAUAUUUUCCUGGAACCUGAUUAUGAAAAUAGCUCGUAAUGCUUUGGAUCUUACAAUAGAGAGCUUAGGAUUUGAGGACGAGAACAGGUUCCUGUACGAAAUUUAACUAAAAGUUUUUGCGCGUGUUCUCAAAAAUACGCAGGAAAGGAGGUUGAGUCCUCUCCCGAUAGCAAAAGCCUGCAAAAGGUUAAAAUUUCUUACAUUUCAUAACUUGUUCCCUCCACUACGAAAUUCUCGCUACAACUCGUAGUGGAAUGACGACAGUAGACCUACACCGUUCUAAACCUGUUAUUUCAGUGGUCCCCUUUAAUCUGCUCUUCCGUUGUUUUCAUGUGACAAUCCCUAUUGUUUUCCCAGCUAAUCAAAAAAUAGUUGCCCAAUGACCUUGGCUAUCACGUUUUUCCGCCAAAAUGACGCUGGCUCACGCGUGAGCAAUACUCAGUAUUGAAAAACUCUCGUACUCCUAGCUGUCUUCGUCUCAGAAGUUUCAUCCCUCUAACGUAUCAAUAUCUUUCAGCUUACGAUCACCGACCACCUCUGUACAACAACACCUGUGGAGUAGAAAGACCCACGGAGCCACCAACGACCGUUCCUAUCACCACGAUAGAAGAUGUUAUAGGGGGUAGGUAUCAUCGACAUGUUGAGGCUGAAACGAUAACUGUUUAUAAAAUAACUAAGCCUAGUACGCGCGCUCUGAUUGACCGAGAGGCGUGUUUGCAUGAGAAUAUGUAAACAUGGUCGUGGCGUCAAAAUGUUUUGCUUUUGGCGUGCUAAUCAAGCAAGCACAAAUUUGAAAAGGUUUUUGAGUCGAAAACUCGACGAAUUUACUUUAUUUGCCCCCUCCCUCGUCGGCUGAAACGUGGAAAAUCUUCGGAAACAUGCUGUGCCAAUUUCUUUUCGCUUAAGCUGACAUUUUAAGCGAGGAAAACCCGUAUUUUUGGAAAGCAUCUUUAUUUCAAAACAAGAACUGAUUACGUGUACAAGCUUUGU